AUGGCCCCGAGCAGAACCACUGAGAUCUACCCGCCUGAGUUGACCGCAGCAGAAUCUGACCAACUUCUUUCCUCCAUAAAAGACUGGACUAUUGCCAAUGGCUUAGCCGUAAGACCCUUGCCUUCUCUUGUUUCCGCCGAAGCAGAUCCGCACGGGAUUUUAGCAACCACUGCCCCAGUCACUUUGUUCCCGAGUCCCUUCCCCCGAAUAUGUUUCGAACAGGCCAAAUCUAUACAAAGGGCCUACAACCAGCUAUACGCAUCAAUCGCACAAGAUGAAGAAUUUUUGCAAGGCAUUGUUGAAGAAAUUUUGGAAGUCGACGACUUUAUUGCUGAGUUAUGGCGAGUACAUUUAAACGUCAAAGAAGAGGGCUAUGUACAGAACCUCUCCUUGGGUUUGUUCCGGUCCGACUACAUGGUGCACCAAGCCACUCAGGAUAGCACUCCUGCUAUCAAACAAGUGGAAUUCAACACUAUUGCAUCCUCAUUCGGUGGCCUGUCAUCCAAGACCUCAAAGUUGCACAAGCAUCUGUCCGUAGUUGACUAUACCGUUCUUGAAAGUCCGAUAUCUAGUGCAGAGUUAGAUCUCCCUAGAAAUGAGAGUAUCGGCUCCUUAGCUUCAGGUAUACGAGAUGCCUUUACAACAUAUAAGCAAGGUGAAACCAUACACGACUGCUGCGUAAUCUUCCUAGUACAGGAUCCGGAAAGAAAUAUUUUUGACCAACGGCAUCUCGAGUACGACCUCCAGCAGCAUGAGUCCCCAGUCCCAGUAUUCCGCCUUGCAUUUUCCGAGGUCCUCUCGAAAACAACCAUCGCAGAUACCCCCCGCCGUCAACUCCUCUACCAGCCCCCGAGUAGCCCUACAAAAUUGUUCGAAGUAGCCGUAGUCUAUUUCCGCGCUGGCUAUGGCCCGCAAGACUAUCCUUCCCCGGAUGCCUGGAAAGCACGCCUGCAAAUUGAGCGUUCAAACGCCAUUAAAUGCCCCAGCAUCCUAACCCAACUGGCGGGCGCAAAGAAAGUGCAACAAGUCCUCGCAACACCAAUAUCACAUUCGGCGCCUUCAAUCCUAACACGCUUCUUCAAAGAUUCUCCUGCAGAAAUAGAGAAUCUUUCUAAAACGUUCACAAACAUAUAUCCCCUCGAUGACUCUCCUGCUGGACAAGAAGCCCGCAAAAUAGCCCUUGACCCAGAGCGCUGCAAGAGCUACGUUCUGAAACCGCAACGUGAGGGUGGGGGUAACAACACAUACCGCUCCGCUAUCCCGCCCUUCCUAAGGUCACUUCCAGAAUCGCAUUGGAAGUCAUUUAUCCUGAUGGAGCUCAUUACCCCACCACCAGUGCGAAAUCUGAUUCUACGAAACGGGGUGAUUGAGAAAGGGGGUGUGAUUUGCGAGUUGGGUAUUUAUGGAACCUGCCUUUGGGAUCAGAAGAGUAAGGAGGUCUUAUAUAAUGAAGAGGCGGGAUAUUUGUUGAGGACCAAGGGGGAUACGAGCGAGGAGGGAGGUGUCGCGGCGGGUUUUGGGAGCAUGGAUAGUUGUCGGCUUGUCUAG